GAACGCGCGAGGACGCAGACGCGGUGCGUGCUUUCGGAUGUCCACUCGCAUAUAUGGCAGGAUACAAGCUCGAAGGAAGAAAAUAUGCCAAUCUCCGUCAUCUUUCAUGCGAUUUCUGCUGAUCUUAGCAGUAUUGUAGAGGUGAGGCGCGAUGUCUGGCUGCGUAAGGCUGAUUGACGGACCGGAUCGUUGGCGCGCGCGUUAACGCACAACGGUGUUUUCAGCUCGUGCGUAAACUUUGCAAGAACUUUGCGGCAUCUCUUCCUAUUUUGACGGGCGAGGUGAAACGGCAGCAUAAAGCAUGGCGACACAAAACGACUGCUGUGUCAAGGUCUCUUUAAGGAUCCGGCCGCAGAUGGCAAAGGAAAAGAUUGAGGGAUGUCACAUCUGCACCUCCGUUACUCCCGGGGAGCCCCAGGUGCUCUUGGGUAAAGACAAGGCCUUUACGUAUGACUUUGUGUUUGACUUGGACGCUCGGCAACAUCAGAUCUACAGCGCCUGUGUUCACAAGCUGGUUGAAGGCUGCUUCGAGGGAUACAACGCAACUGUCUUCGCUUACGGACAAACCGGUUCAGGAAAGACCUACACCAUGGGCACUGGCUUUGAUGUAACCAUGUCGGAGGAAGAGCAGGGCAUCGUCCCACGGGCCGUGCAACAUCUCUUCCAGGGCAUCCAGAAACGCAGACUAGAGACACAGAGCGCCGGCAUGCCCCUGCCAGAAUUCAAAGUCAGCGCCCAGUUCCUGGAGCUCUAUAACGAGGAGAUCCUGGACCUGUUCGACAGCACACGUGACCCUGAGGCUCGAGGCCGGAAGUCCAACAUUAAGAUCCAUGAGGAUGGGAGCGGAGGCAUCUACACCACAGGAGUGACCUCACGACUGGUCAGCUCAGAGGAGGAGAUGCUGCAGUGUCUGAAGCUGGGCGCUCUUUCCCGCACCACCGCCAGCACGCAGAUGAACGCCCAGAGCUCUCGCUCUCAUGCCAUCUUCACCAUCCACCUCUGCCAGAUGAGAGUCUGCCCGCAGCCACAGGUGAACGGAGAGAUGAACGGUGUGUCUGAUGGCUCCAUCUCUCAGCCCGAGUAUGAGACGCUCACUGCUAAGUUUCACUUUGUGGACCUGGCUGGAUCAGAGCGGCUCAAGCGCACGGGAGCCACAGGAGAGAGAGCGAGAGAGGGCAUCUCUAUCAACUGUGGCCUGGUGAACGGAGAGAUGAACGGUGUGUCUGAUGGCUCCAUCUCUCAGCCCGAGUAUGAGACGCUCACUGCUAAGUUUCACUUUGUGGACCUGGCUGGAUCAGAGCGGCUCAAGCGCACAGGAGCCACAGGAGAGAGAGCGAGAGAGGGCAUCUCUAUCAACUGUGGCCUGAUGCUGCAGUGUCUGAAGCUGGGCGCUCUUUCCCGCACCACCGCCAGCACGCAGAUGAACGCCCAGAGCUCUCGCUCUCAUGCCAUCUUCACCAUCCACCUCUGCCAGAUGAGAGUCUGCCCGCAGCCACAGGUGAACGGAGAGAUGAACGGUGUGUCUGAUGGCUCCAUCUCUCAGCCCGAGUAUGAGACGCUCACUGCUAAGUUUCACUUUGUGGACCUGGCUGGAUCAGAGCGGCUCAAGCGCACAGGAGCCACAGGAGAGAGAGCGAGAGAGGGCAUCUCUAUCAACUGUGGCCUGCUGGCCCUGGGUAAUGUGAUCAGUGCAUUGGGAGAUCAGAGUAAGAAGGCAGGCCAUGUGCCUUACAGAGACUCCAAACUCACACGCCUGCUGCAGGACUCGCUGGGAGGAAACAGUCGGACCGUGAUGAUUGCCUGCGUGAGCCCCUCUGACCGUGACUUCAUGGAGACCCUGAACACACUGAAGUACGCCAAUCGGGCUCGCAACAUCAAGAACAAAGUGAUGGUGAACCAGGACAAAACCAGCCAGCAGAUCAGCGCAUUACGAGCAGAGAUCGCACGUCUACAGAUGGAGAUCAUGGAGUACAAAGCGGUAAGGAGAAGGACCUGGAGGGUCGUGGCAUUCUGGGAAGAGUUAGUCUCCAGCAGGCGUCUUUUCCCACCAUCAGAAACCCUGAAAUGUCCGGAGAAAGAAAAAGGUUUGAAGAAGAGGGCCAAGCUUUAUCCUCAGGAAAAUGGAGAAAAGAGCGAGAAUGGGCUGAGCAGGGAAAACCAAGAGCGAAGAGAAAAUGGAGAUGGAGACUCUGAUAAUGAACCUGAAGAGGAUGGCAUGUAUCCUCUUCAGGAGGAUGAUCCCGGCGAGAGCGGCUGUGAUGAGGAGGAGGAGGAGGAGGAAGAGGAGACCAGGGAGGAGGAAGAGUUCGACAGCGAUGAGAGCCUGGUGGAUUCCGACUCGGACUCAGACGAGAAAGUCAGCUUACAGGCCGAUCUUGCGGACCUGACGUGUGAGAUCGAGAUCAAGCAGAGACUCAUCGAUGAGCUGGAGAACAGCCAGCGGCGGCUCCUGACGCUGAGGAGCCAGUAUGAGGAGAAACUGAUUCUGCUCCAGAACAAGAUCAGAGACACACAGCUGGAGAGAGACCGCGUGCUGCACAACCUCAUGUCCAUGGAGAACUACACUGAGGAGAAAGCCAGUAAGAUCAAAUCCGAGUAUGAGAAGCGUCUGAAGGAGAUGAACCGAGACCUGCUGAAGCUGCAGGCUGCUCAGAAGGAGCACGCACGUCUGCUGAAGAACCAGGACCGCUACGAGAGAGAGCUCAAGAAACUGCAGUCUGAGGUGGCCGAGAUGAAGAAAGCCAAGGUGGCGCUGAUGAAGCAGAUGAAGGAGGAGCAGCAGCGGAGGAGGAUGAUUGAUGCGAAGAGGAACAGAGAAAUCGCACAACUGAAGAAAGAGCAGCGACGACAAGAGUAUCAGAUCCGAGCUUUGGAGUCCCAGAAGUGUCAGCAGGAGAUUGUGUUGCGGAGGAAGACGCAGGAAGUGACGGCGCUGAGGCGGCUUGCCAAGCCAAUGUCGGAGCGUGUGGCGGGACGCGUGGCCCGCAGACUCACCAGUGUGGACUCCAGAGCAGAACUGUCCACCAGCACCACAACAACAACCUCCGAACACGAAUCCACUCGCUCGGUGUCCAGCAUCAUACGCCAGUGGAAUACCAAACUGAACGGAUUCCUGGGAGAGAAUGAGAGCCGUGGGACUGGAGGAAACCUGGCCAGUAGCAGAAAAAAGUCCCAGCGAAAGAGUACGAGCACACGUUUUUCAAAGACAGCCCGUCAGAAGUGGCAGUCUCUGGAGAGGAGGAUCAUGGAUAUUGUGAUGCAGAGAAUGACCAUCACUAAUGUGGAAGCUGAUAUGGAUCGCCUCAUUAAGAAACGUGAGGAGCUGUCCAUGCAGCAGGAGGCGCUGUUGCGCAAGAGAGAAAAGUUACUGAACGAGGGCUUCGGAGAGGAUGAGGAGGAGAGGCACCUUCAGGAGAUGAACGAGGAGAUUGAGGUUCUCAAUGCCAACAUCGACUACAUCAGCGAUAGUCUGUCAGACUGCCAGGCCACCAUCGUACAGAUCGAGGAGACCAAGGAUGAGCUGGACUCAGUGGACACCUCAGUGGUCAUCAGUUCCUGCUCGCUGGCCGAAGCUCGCGCUCUCCUGGACUACUUCCUCAAAGCCUCUAUUGACAAGGGGUUACAAGUUGCUCAAAAAGAGGCUCAAAUUCGCCUGCUGGAGGGUCAGCUGCGGCAGACGGAUGUGAUUGGCUCUUCCCAAAAUCACAUGAUCCUGGAUGCUCUAAGGGAAAAGGCAGAGUGUAUCCCUGAGCUGCAAGCUCUAAUCCACAAUGUCCAGCAAGAGAAUGGCUAUGCUAGCACAGAUGAGGAUGCGUCUGAGUUCAGUCAGGCAUCAGAGGGCGGUUUUUUCCAGAUGAAGUUGUCUGCGAGUCAAGAUGACUUUAAGAUGAAGGUUGAGCCUCGGCUAUCUGCACAAGUGAAGGCGGUGUCAGCUGAGUAUUUGGGCCCGAUCCUGGACCUCACCUCCAAGAACAUCACUAAGUCCCUGGCUUCUCUGUCGGAGAUCCAUGAGAACGGCCUGGUCCUCAAAGAGGCCUAUUCCAGAGAUCUGGUGUCUCGAACCAUCAGCCUGCCUGUCAGAGGACACACUUUCCCAAGGCAGUCCAGAGGAUCUGACACAUCUCCCUUAACAAGGAGGCAGUCAUACGACCGAGGCCAGCCAUAUAGAAGUCUAGAGGUAGGCUACACCCCUCCUUCUUCCCCUCCUCUUCGAACACGCAACGACCGCAACGUCUUUUCCCGGCUGACAAGCAACCAGAGUCAGGGCUCAGCUCUCGACAAGUCGGAUGACAGCGACUCCUCUCUCUCGGAGGUGCUCAGGGGUGUAAUCACUCCCACAGGUGGGCUGAAGGGGGGCAGGACGGCCCCUCUGCAGUGUGUGGCGGUGGCUGAGGGACACACUAAACCUGUGCUUUGCCUGGAUGCCACGGACGAGCUGCUAUUCACCGGCUCUAAAGAUCGAACCUGCAAGAUGUGGAACCUGGUGACUGGACAGGAAAUCGUGACCCUGAGAGGACAUCCUAACAACGUUGUGUCUGUCAAAUACUGCAGCUACUCUGGCCUGGUCUUCACAGUUUCCACCUCAUAUAUCAAAGUAUGGGACAUUCGCGAUUCUGCCAAGUGCGUCCGGACGUUCACGUCAUCGGGUCAGGUGGUCUCAGGCGAUGCCUGUGCUGGUACAACCACUCGCACCAUCACUACAGCCCAAGGAGAGUACCAGAUCAACCAGAUCGCCCUCAAUCCCUCCGGAUCUGUGCUGUACGCCGCUGCAGGCAACACUGUCCGCACAUGGGACCUCAACAGAAUGCAGGCCACUGGGAAGCUGACCGGACACAUUGGGUCAGUCAUGUGUCUUACAGUGGGUUAUUCUGGAGGAGGCAAGGAUCAGGUGAUCACUGGAUCCAAAGACCAUUACGUGAAAAUAUUUGAUGUUGCGGAGGGAACCCAGGGUAACAUCGGACCAGCUCAUAACUUCGAGCCCCCUCAUUAUGAUGGGAUUGAGUGUCUUGCUGUACAUGGCGACGUACUGUUCAGUGGUUCCCGUGACAAUGGCAUUAAGAAAUGGGAUCUGGGACAGCAGGAACUUAUUCAGCAAAUCCCAAACGCGCACAAGGAUUGGGUGUGUGCUCUGGCGUUUGUUCCCGGGCGGCCCAUGCUCCUCAGUGCCUGCAGGGGGGGAAUGCUCAAGGUGUGGAACGUGGACAACUUCACGCCCAUCGGAGAGAUUAAGGGCCAUGACAGCCCUAUCAAUGCUAUCUGCGCCAAUUCCAAACAGAUCUUUACUGCCUCCAGCUCUCUCAUACUUUGCACCAGUUUCGUUUCAUAG